ACCUAGUCAUCAUGCAAAGUGAGAUAGUAGAGAUAGGCAGAAGCAAAGUGUAAGAGUGAAAACAUGUUGGACUCCGUGGAAGCAAACAACUUUGAGGCAUUGCCACUUCUGUCAUUGAAUCAUGUCUCAUUGUUGUGUAGAUCAGUCUGGGAUUCAGUGCGGUUCUAUGAAGAUGUUUUGGGCUUUGUUUCCAUCAAACGCCCUUCUUCUUUCAAGUUCAAUGGAGCUUGGUUGUAUAAUUAUGGCAUUGGGAUACACUUAAUUGAGAAUCCAUCUAUCGAUGAUUUCGACACUAUCGUUGAACCUCGACCGAUUAAUCCAAAGGAUAAUCACAUAUCCUUCCAGUGUACUGAUGUUGGCCUUGUCAUGAGGAGGCUGCAAGACAUGGGAAUGACGUAUGUUACGGCAGUGGUCGAAGACCAAGGGAACAGGGUUGAUCAGGUAUUCUUCCAUGAUCCAGAUGGUUAUAUGGUUGAGCUCUGCAACUGUGAGAACAUUCCUAUCAUUCCUCUUUCUUCAUGCUCAUUCAAGCAAAGGCUAAGCAGUUUCUACAAGUCUGCACCGGCUAAAUGCGGAUUCAUGGAAAACGCCAUGAUGGAGAGCUUGAGCAUGGAAAUGUUGAACAUUUCAUUUUGAAUCAGCAGAAGAAAAAGAAAAACUGUGAGCAACUUCCAUUUUCUUUUUCUGCUAUUAUAUUCUGCAAUUGUUUUCACAAGUCUGACAAUGGUGUGCUGUCUUGUUUUUCAUGAACAACAUGUGUAUUUCGUAAUGGUUAUAGCAGUUAAUAAGUAUGCGAGAUUGAGUUGCAAUCCUUGUGUAAUAUAUCUAUACCCUAUCAGCCUAAAUGAGGCUUUUGAUGUAUAAAUGAAAGAAAUAUGGUUUGCAAAA